GGUGGUCAACCACGCCAGUGUCCGGCCAGUGUCAGUCGGCAUCGACAUCGACCAGUCGCGUCGGCCGCGUCGGCCGCGUCGACGUCGACGUCGACCGCCGCGACCGCGGAUGAGCAUCCUGCGCUCCUCUUCGUGUUUGGCAUGAGAUCGACGACGCCCCUUGUCGCACGGCCUCGCGGGCUUGCAACAUCGCAAAUGACACGCUCCGAGGACGACUUUAGGCUUUGCUUACCUCCCGUAUCCUCCCGGUUCCUCUGAGGAUCGAUGAACGCGGGCGAGUCUCGCUCGAGAUACUUGCGUGACACUCGUCCAACGCCCGCGGGUCGACCGAGCAACCACCACAACAGAUACGUAACAAUAAGCUUUCCAUCAAGACUGCCAAUGUAAGACUGAAUUACUGAUGCGUGACAUAAUCGUCUUUGAUGUCAAGUACGGUCAGCAUCAAUGGGAAACUGCUUUUCGUGCUUCAAGGUGCCACUUCCACCAUCGACCAGCACUGAUCGAUCGAUCGUAUUGGAGCAUAAAGACGAAACGAUGGAACUCAGAGGUUUGUUCCCAAAUUCUUGCCAGCAAUCCGGUUCCUUCGUGCCUGAAACACAUGCAAACGGGAACAGAAAGUCUUCGAGUACGCUACCCACGUUUAACAACGUAGGCUCGGAUAACUGCGGAUCUGUACCUAAUGCACAAAGUAAUCGCUUGUCGCGAGGCUUCUAUGCGCGAUUACAGCCGCUAGGACGAUCCAGUACGUCGUCGGGUCUUAACCUAAGUAAUGAACCUAGGCAGCAAAAAGAACCAUCGGAGAGCAAACUGAAUGCUCUCUUCGACCAAUACAAGGAUCCUCACGAAGAUGUAAUAUUAGCUGACGGUAUAGAAAGACUCUGUGAUGAUUUACAGUUAUCGCCCGAUGAAUUUAAAGUACUUGUGCUCGCAUGGAAGUUGAAUGCGGAGCAAAUGUGCCAAUUCACGCGCCAGGAAUUUGUCACGGGAUUAAAAGCGAUCAAGGUCGACAGUAUACGUGGUAUACAGGCGCGGUUGCCUGAGAUCGUUCAAGAAUUGACGAUCAAUAGUGAUUUGUUCAAGGAUCUCUAUCGAUUCACAUUCCGUUUUGGCCUCGACGUGACGUCCGGCCAGAGAAUCUUACCAGCUGAUAUGGCAAUCGAUCUUUGGAGACUCGUCUUCACGAUACGCGAACCUCCGCUCCUAACGAGGUGGCUAAACUUUCUUGAAUGUCAUCACAUCCGGGGGAUACCUAGGGACACUUGGAACAUGUUUCUAAACUUUGCCGAGAGCAUCGGAGACGAUCUUGGUGCUUACGAUGACGCGGAGGCGUGGCCAAGCUUAUUCGAUGACUUUGUAGAGUACGAAAACGACCAAAUGAACCAGAAUAUCACCAAGGAUGACAUUAUGAAAGAUACUUCUAUCGACAAAGCUUAAUAGCGAAAGAGUAUUGAUACUCGCACUAGGAAAAAUGAGAGGCGGAAGGAUUCGUCUGUUAUCUUACAAUUCAAUCUGACCUUUGAACAGGAUCAUCUGGCAUUAUCCUGCGAUCGAUGCAAUUUUAUUCUUAUCAGUCUGAUCAAGGAAGCGAUACUCCUGGUUAUUAUUAUUAUUAUUAUUAUACAUAUAACAUUAUUCUUUUUUAACAUCUCAUUUGUUAUAGCCUUUUGUCAUUUUGUUUGUAUUCGGUAAUCUAUUUCCUAAUGUAAAUACAGCCUAUUUCGUCUAAUAUUUAAUUAAUUGCGUGUACGUUUUGCGUACGUAUGUAAGUGCGAGUAUGUGCGCGCGGGCGUGUAAAAAAUACACAUAGAGAAAUCUCCAUAUUGCAGAUUUUAUUGUGCUAGCAGCAUAUUACAUGUUAUGUAUUUGUUUUAUAUCAACAAAGCACAUUUAUUAUCAAAGUUGUAUUUUUACACUUUGAUCAUAACGAUAUAUAUGUAUAACAAUAUAUCUAACAUGUCAUGUUCUAUGCAAUUGCUUAUAAUGAGCAUGACGAAUAAUCGUGUCGAGAGAUAUAAUUGUGCUUAUUUAUUGCGGUCAGCUAUGUGAAUGCGAGAUAGAUCCAUCUUACGAAAUUUUACGUUAUUUUACGGAAAAAUAACACGGACCUUAGAAUGCAUACAAAUAAUUGCAUAAGACGCUUUUUUCAUUACGUUGUGAUAUAUAAAUAUACAUAAACAGUGUAUUUUUAAAUUACAUGUGAGUAUACGGUGGAAAGAGAUACAAGAUUAUAAAAUUUUGAUACAGCAAUAAAUAAAUUGCAGCUUUAAAAAACAAA